UUAGAUUUGUGGUGUGCGUGGCGGGGCCGCCGGGCUUGUUAAUUCUCCGCUGAGUGGUCUCGAUGUAGCGGGUAGUGUGCAAGCAAUCCAUUUACAUAGUUGUGGCCUGGUCUGUUAGUCUGCAGAUAGUAUAGAUAAGCGGUGCUACGUCCUUUCACUGAACACUGAAUUUGGCCAUGUCGUUCAGAGUACCACAAAUGUUAAGGAGGAAGAGCUUUCUGACCAUGCAGCCCUUGCUGCCAAAGCGGCUUGGGUCAUCUCGCUUUGGAAGUGCUGUGAAUCUUCUUAGCGCUAUGAACCAAAUGAAGAAAGUGCCCGUGUCACAAUCAGGAUCAAGAUCUUUGAUGACCACUAAGUAUGGUAUUUUGCAUAUGGAAUGUUGUGGUGCUGGCUUUUGCUCUUACUCUGUGCAAAGAUGGACGUCGUAUACGUCGACGGCCGUGCCGCCGGCUGCCGUGGUUUCGGUGGCAAGCCGGGAUGAGCGACGCGGCUUCAUGGCCUGCUUUCCCGACUUGGUGCGCAACCUGACCGAGGUCGGCUUCCACAAGGAUCUGCAGGACGCCAACAAGUGGUUCGCCAAGGUUCUGCAGUAUAAUGUGCCGGGCGGCAAGAUGAACCGCGGCCUGGCGGUGCCGCUGACGUACCAGAUGCUGGUGCCGGCCGAGCGGCACACCGCCGACGUCAUGCAGAAGGCCUACAUCGUCGGCUGGUGUGUCGAGCUGCUGCAGGCCUUCUUUCUGGUGCUCGACGACAUCAUGGACGGGUCGGAGACGCGGCGCGGCAAGCCGGCCUGGUACCGCAAGGACGACCGCGGCCUGCCGGCCAUCAACGACGGCGUCCUGCUCGAGGCCGGCAUCUACAAGUUGCUGAAGCUGCACUGCAGUGGCGAGCCGUACUACCCCAGCAUCAUCGACAUCUUCCACAACACCACGAUGAAGACCGUACUGGGCCAGAGCCUGGACCUGCUUGGCUCGCAGAGCGGCCAGCUCGACCUCAGCAAGUACACCAUGGGACGGUACACGGCCAUUGUCAAGUAUAAGACGGCCCACUACUCCUUCCACCUGCCGAUUGCCCUCGCCAUGCACAUGGCAGGUAUAUCUGACCAGGAGAGCCACAGACAGGCCAAGGCCAUCCUACUAGAGAUGGGUCACCUCUUCCAAGUCCAGGACGACUUCCUCGACUGCUUCGGCGACCCGGCUGUGACCGGCAAGAUCGGCACGGACAUCCAGGACGGCAAAUGUUCGUGGCUAGUGGUGGUUGCCCUGCAACGGGCCUCGGCCGCCCAAAAACAGGUCAUCCAGGAGAACUACGGUAGAGACGACCCAGAGUGCGUGGAGCGCAUAAAGCGGCUGUACACCGAGCUCAACCUGGUAUCUGUCUACAAGAAGUACGAGCUCAGCAACUACGAUCACAUCUGUCGCCUGGUGGAGCAGACCUCUCGCGGGAUGCCGCACAAGGUCUUCUACAAGAUGUUGGAAAAGAUCUACAAGCGCGAGAGUUAGGCGUCAGCGCCGAUGAUCAGCUUCGCUGUGCCCCACUUCACCCUUGUUAACGUCUUGCCGUGUUUGUCAUAAUGUUCGCCACUGGACAUCAGCUGCUCGCGAAACUGCGAUACCUUAGCGUUGUGUGCCCCGCUAAGGCCGCCGACUAAGCGUUCAUGGUCGCCGACUGAGGCGUCGCGAGUGAACAGGGCUCGGCUGAGCUUCAGACGCGGGGUCGGGGUCGGGUCCAGUGCCGACACCGGUCCGGUGGGGGGCGAACGUCGCUCGUGCUGCCGCUGCCCUCGAGGCCGUUUGUGAUCGGACCCUCUCUGCUCCUGUCUGUCCUGUCACCUUUUCAGCCCUCGCAGACGAUCGCCCGUCAUCGGACCUAGAUUGUUCUGGUAGCCUAGACACCCACACUCGGACCGUGCUCUUUCGUACUCCCUGUACUGUUCGGAUCGCUUUCGCUUGGCUCAUUCCUCCGGCGCGCAGUGUCCGGGUCGUGGACAUGGCGCCGUGGCGACAUCGAGGCUAAUCGUGCUGUAGCUGUGGCCGAGGGGACGCGGCGACGCGAGCCGCGGGACGCUGCUCUGUUUUGAGAGACGAUUCUUCUUAAGCCCGUGUGCGGCCCCGUCCCUGCUGUCCUGACGAGGAUGGACGGCUGGGCGGCACGAGUGCGCUGAUCCGCCGCGCACCGCGGAGACCACCCUCGUGCGCUCGAGUCUCGGCACCGAGGCCAGUGGUGCGGCGCGUAAUGUGCGCCAACUGGGGAGAGCCACCAGUCUGGUAGUGUGGUCAAUAAUAAAAUAUUUGUUCGCAUCA